AUGAAGUACACAAUCCAUUUCACUGCAAUUACAACAUUUGUAUUAAUAUAUAAUUUGGAUCUAAUUUAUUGCAAACGUAUUCGCUGUCAUAACGUUGGUAUUGAUAAUUGUUUUGACAACUUUUUUGGUAUUGGCAAACGUCCCGAUGCUACCCGAUUGGCCACUACUGGUCCCGGACUCGACCAAUUUUGUGGAGGAUUCAACAAAACCGUUGAGUGUAUAUACGGACACUUGAAACGGUGCGGAACACCACUACAUAGGGAACUGUUUGAUUUAGUGACCGAACAAAUGCAGAUCAGGUUUCGGGCAUUUAUUUGUGAUGACGGACCCCAGAGACAGACCUAUUUAAAACACGGUCAAUGCAUACAUGACAACGUGAUUGGUGUGGAUAAUGCUAUUCCCUGUCUUAACAAUUAUCUCCUGGCUUUUGAUCACUUGGCCACCAGUGAUACUGAUGAUUGGUUUUCAACACUGUGUUGCGCUCACAAACGCAAAGAGUUGUGUACCGAUCGGUUGGCUUUAGAUCACUGCGGGUCUGAAGCCAGACAGUACUUUGAGAUCUUCUUCGAUCAAAUCCAUUUCGGUUUCUUUGAGAUGGUUUGUGGUAGUGAUCAACACAUUGAUCCACAAUCUGAACGAUGCCAUAAAGCACUGCCUAAUGCCGACCAAAAACCUACGGGUCUUAAGAGUGACAGUGCUAUCAGCAGAAUGUUAUAUCGAUUUUUUCCAUUCAAUUAUGUGCCGAUAAAUAGGAGAAACAAAUUUCAAUCAACAAUUAAUCAAACUCUAAACGCUUGA